AUGGCUGUCUUGAGGUCCUCCUCCACAAUCCUGGGUCCAUUUCAACUGUGGUUCCUCCUGCUGGUGCAACAGGUGGCGGGGAGUUCACUUCAGAAAAUAGUUGGUGGGCGCCCCAAUUCGAAUCCAGAAGCUGUGACAAUCACAGCAGGCAAGACCCUCAUUCUCACGUGUAUCCUGACCCAGGGCUACGUGCCAUCAAGCGUCGAAUGGUACAAAGACUUGGGCAAUGACCAGAAGAUAAUUUACAGGGAAAGUGACAAGUUUUCUCGUUGGGAGAGGUUCGUCCCGGGAUCGCCAGCUGACUUCAGUGUCAGGCUGAAGAACAUCGGCCCCGAAGACAGCGGGACUUACUGCUGCUCGAUGGUCAAGGAAAUUCCCCAAGGCAGAAAAGAUAUCAGAGCAAAAACAGUGGUCUCUGUGAUUGCCCAUCCAUCCCAGCCUUUGCUUCGUGGCCCUUCAAACAACAUCACGGUGGGGUCCCAGGUUUCUUUCAAUUGUUCUGCAAAAGAAUUCCCUUCCCAAGAAAUCACAGUCGUCUGGUUGAAGGAUAGGGAAGAAAUACAGCCUGCCAAGAUCGACGUCCUGAAUUAUACUACAAACCGUGGCAUCCGGUACGGCGUGGAGAGCACGGUGGACAUCUUUCUCAGACAAGAAGAUAUGGGGUCAGUGUUGUCAUGCCGGGUUCAACACAGCUCCUUGGAGGACUCCUUACAACAGGACCUUCUACUCGGUGAAGUCGUAAGAGGCUCAACACAGAAUUCCCCCACUAUGCUCUGGAUUGCACUUUUUCUGAACAAAAUAGCCGUCCUUCUUCUCGUCUCUUUCCUCUUCCUCAUGAAAGUGUGCAAGUGCAGUUGUGCAAGAAAUCGCUCCAGAGCGAGAUAG